AUGGUGAUCCAACGAUCGGAUUCCAUCUCCUCCACGACCUCUUCCAUCACGACGACCACAACAGCCACAGCAAACUCUUCAAACCUCUCGGAUCCAAAUGCUACUAGUAACAACAACAACAACAAUUCAUCAACUCUAGUUUCCUCUACUUCCUUCUCUUCCAACACACUUCAUUAUGGAGAUGUCAUUUCAUUGGCUAUCUUCUUCAAUCCAUUCCAGGAAAAGACACGACCAACCACCUCUCAACAACAUGCCAGAACAGAGUCCAUAACGAGCAUCACUUCAGACUCGUCUUCACCUGCUGCUACGGGUGUGUCAUCGCCAUUGAUUUCUCCUCUUCCGUUGUCAAAGAAUACUACUACUUCACAACAACAACAACAAACAAACCAGGAAGCAUCAUCCAUUGUAGGUUUCAUGUCCGUGAGUGGUAUACCUGGACAUCAUCGAUGUGGUCUCUCCGCCGAUGAAAGUAUUCUCAAGAAUUUUGAUAGCGCCUUGUUUGUGAUUUGCAAAGGUGAAACCUAUAGUGCCAAGAAGAGGUAUCACAAAGUAUUGAACUAUUUUGCAAGUGCGGAAAAAGCAAAUAUGAGCAGUAGUAUGAAUAAUUUGAAUGAGGUGUCAAACUCAAUGUUGUUGAAACAAAGUUCACUUUUACAACACAAAGAUUCUACACGUCCAAUGAUUCAAACUGUGAAUUCUCAACAGCAAUUACAAGUACAACCAUCGGUCAUUGCUGUCAAUCACAUUCAAUCACAAUUGGCAGAAUUGGAAGAGAAAAUGUUACGUGAAAAACAAGAAAAUGAAAUUGAAAGAGAACGUUCUUGGGGAAAGCCUGUUUUAUAUGGAGAACGAAUUCAAUUAUAUCAUCCAAAAACUGGAUUGUUUCUCAAUGUAUUAAGAUCAAAUGCUGAUUUAGAAAAAUCUUCUUUAAAAUUGUCACUCAGUGAAGGUGAUCGAAUGUGUCACUUCCAAUUUGUUCCUCACUUUAAGUUUAGAAGUGAAGGAGAACCAAUUCGUUUAAGUGACAAGGUCAUUAUUAUGAACGAAAAAACAAAACAUAAUAUUCACAUUUCACAGUACAAAUACACUCGACCUCUCAUUGUGAAAGAUUUUGAAAAAUAUGAAGUGAAUGCUUCUCCUCAUCCUGCAGAUAAUAUUUGGAUUUUAAGAUUGUAUCGAUCGUACCUCCCAAUGGCUCAUGCAUUUAUUAAAGGAGGUGACGUCAUUCGAAUUAUUCAUAGAGAUUUAAUGGGUGCACUAUAUCAUCCAUCAUUUCACCAAAUAGGAACAUCAACAGAUUCAUUCAGCUCACUUCAUCUAAAUCCAAAAUAUGCUCUCAACAGUAUUACUACUCUAUUUCAAAUUGAAGCGUUAGAUAAUUCGAGAGGAGGAAUUAUGUAUUCUGCAACUCCAUGUCGAUUCAAACAUAUUGCUUCAGGUCAAUAUAUUGCUGCUCGAGAAGUUGAAGUACAUGAUGAUCAACAUCAAGUCUCAUCCACUAAUUUAUCAAGUGUUAAUGGAGCAUCGUCUUCUGCAAACUCUGGUAAGGGAGGUAAAACCAAUGCUUGGAAGAAUCUUCGACGUCGUGUGAAGAUUAGGCUGAAAUUAGUGUUAACCGAUCACCCAAGAGAUGAAUCAGCAGUGUUCUACUUGUAUUCAGAAGAAGUUCAACACAAUGAACCCAUUCUUACUCAGAGCUUACUGAGAAUCAAGCAUGCCCAAUCCAACACAUGGCUACGUGCUAAUGAUGUUUCUAAAGCUGUUCUCAACGAUAUUCAGACCAACCUCAAUAGCUCUCCUAGCACAAACAGCUCUUCAGCCAUUCACAAGUCGUCUCAUUUAGUUGAAUUAUGGUUUGAUGUCAUGCAAAGAGAAAAGGACGUAUUUUCUCUAGAGCAUGUCAAUAACGUGCUUCAGAGAAAUGAUAUUGAGAUACUUUUGAAUUCUCUUAAAUUAGUAAUUUAUUUGUGUACAGAUUCAGUCCAAGAAGAUCCGUUGAAGCGAGAAGGAGCUCCCUACACCAACAUUCAAAACCAUUUCAGAGAAUUGAAUUUCAUUGACGCCAUUUUCAACAUUAUUAAUUUAUUGGACCCUACUUCUCAGUCAACCAUCACUUCUCCAAUUAUGAACUCUUUCAUUGCAUUUCCUUCAGACUCUCAAUACACUUCUCUCUCAACAAUUCAAAGAUAUCAAAACAACAUCAUUCCAAUGUGCUACCGAGCAGUCAAGCAACUCGCUAAACAAAAUUUGUUGAACUGUACACACAUCUUGGAUAAGUAUUUCACAACCAUGCAAGACCAUUUAUCAAGAGAUAUUGGAGGUCAAGAAGUUUCCAAUGCUCUAGUAGAAAUUAUUAAUGACAAUAUGGAAGUGUUAGAACAAAUUCCAGGAGAAAAGAUUGAGCACUUUUUCGAGCUCAUCAAAACCAAGCAAAAGAAGCCACUCUUUGUAUCAUUCUUGUCGAACCUUUGUAGAUGUGGUGAUCGUCCAGUGACCAAGAAUCAAAAACAUCUGGUCGACUUGUUGUCAAAGAUUGAUUGCAAAAACGUUUUUUAUCUUCCUGACUAUGAUGAUACCGAUCGAACGAUUCAUGUCUUGAAGGAUUCUGAAGACGAAAAUUCUACUCAUGUACCACUCGAUCAAUUGCAAAACACUGAUGGUAUGAUGUACAGAAUUUUAAUUGAAGGACUUCGUUUAUUGUCUUCUUUGUGUGUAGGUCGUCAUGCGGGUGGAAUUUCUUAUGUCUCUCAAUUACUUCCUCUUGAUCUGGUAAUGGCAGUUGUGGAGAGCGAAGCCUAUGGCAUUGAAUUGAGAUCAGCCAUGUGUGGAAUUUUAGAACACUGUUAUUUAGAUAACACUUCGAAUGGUGAAUUUCCUGCUAUUAAUCUUAGCCGCCCUAUUGACAACAAAGACAAUCCUGGAACUAAAGGAGGCAGUAAUCGCUUGCAGACAGAAUUUAUUGAUUAUAGAAAUCGCUUUAAAUCCAUACGAUUGUUUCUAGUUGAAUUUUUCAAAAAUAAGCAAAAUUCUCAACUCACUCCAGAACGUACACCACUCAUUUACAAUCUUGUGAAAAUUGGUUACAAGUGUUUUGUGUACCGCAUUUUCAAUCCAUACGCCAAUGACACUGACUCACUUCAAUUGAAAGCAAAGAUAGACAGCUCCACAAAUAAGCUUGUUGUGGAGGGCCAAGAUGAAUAUUUAGUUUCCAUGAGAGAAAUGGAAGAAUUUUUGAGCGUCUUGCUCACCACACUUGAUUCCACCAACGACAUUGGUAAUAUCAACACCAUGUUCGAUGAUAUUGAACAAAACACAUUUGUCAUCAAGAUCAAGAAAAAGAUUCUUGAUAUUUUCCUCUAUGCCAUGGAUCUCAGAAUUGAUUAUAGAAUAUCACUCAUCAUUACUGCUUACAAUGCAAGAAAUGUAAUUCUCAUCACUGACCAACAGUUGAAUGAUUUUAUUUCCAAGACCAUCACCUCUUCUGUGAACUUUUUCCAAUUUGACAAUACAGAGUCAAGUAGAAAUUUUGCGUAUCCCUUGCUCUACUUGUUUAAAUAUCAAAACAAGGAAAUUCCAGAAAAAGCUCUCAAAAUCUUGCAAAGAUCAUACAAUCAAUCCAAAGAACUGAAAGAAAAUUUGCAAAAGGUAUCCAUUCUUAUUUCUUCAAAAUCAAGAAAGGCCUAUAAUUUCAUUUACACCAUGUUUAACAGAAUUCAAAAUUUAUUGAGCACAAGCAGCUUUACAGGUGGAGAUUCUUCAGAUGACUUUGUGAUUUUUAGAGAUACCAUCACACAGUUGAUUAGAAUCAUGAAAGAAAAUAAGGGAACCAAAGCAGCGUUUAGAAACUUGGGUGGUCAUGAUCUAUUAAUCAAAUGCUUGGGAACGAACUAUCCUGUAUUUGUGAAAACCAAGCUCAGCAUUUGUUGUAUUGAAUUAUUAACUGAAUUUGUGAGAGGCGAUAAGAAAAAUCAAGAAGAGCUAUUCCGUGAGUUUAGGUUCCUUCUUGAAUUGCUAUCUCCUCAAGUGGAUACCACUGAGUUAUUGACAGAAAUUGUCAGAGAGAAUGAUCAAAUUUUAUUGAACAAGAUUGAUCCAUUGCUCAUCAAGCUUUAUCUAGAAAAGAUUAUUUCCGUUGGUGCCAAAUCGUACCAUUUGAACUUUCUUAGAAUUUUAACUUGUGAUUCAAAGGGUACUUCCAUUCCAACCAAUCAAAACGAGAUUAUCAAUAACCUUAAAGAAGAUUAUAGAUCAUUAAUUGUUCUGUACAAUGAAGAAGAUUUGAUGAAAGAGCGAGAGCGUAUGAUCAUGGAGAAGGAGUAUCUCAAAGUUGGAACUGAUUUGAAUUAUCACAUUAACUUGUUAUAUUUAUUAAGAGAUUGUACGAGAGACAAAGUUGGUUUGGCUGAAGGCUCUGUUCAAGCAAUUUUGCCUUUUAGUGAAAUGCUUGUUCAUCUCACUGAUUGUUUCCUCAUUCCUCUCGUCAGAGAUCCUCUCAUGAAACUGUUAACAGAAUUGUACUUUAUUACUGAGAAGGAAUCUACUCAAGAUUUGUCAGAUGUCAAUAUUUGGAAGCUCUUUAAAAAGAUAAAUACUGAACUGCGAUCAUGGCUCGAUAACGAGGGUAAAAUGAGAUAUCCCAAAGAGUUUGAAGAAGCUCACUAUGCUGCCUACCCUCCAUCACAGUUGCAUGCCAUUUCUGAGGAAUCAACGGAUGAUUCCACUUUUGGCAGCAGUAGAACGAGUGGUAGUGAUCACUCGAUCCCAACACAGACCAAUGAAUCACUCGAUCCUAACAUUCAAGUCAAACGUAGUUUUUACAAUCAAGAAUCUCCAAAUGAGGAAGUCUUUGUCAAUGACAAUUACGUCUACAAAGUGGUAUUACCGUUCAUUGAAAGUUUCUUUGAAAAUGUAUUCAACAAGAAUGUCAACAAGAUGCUACUUCAAAAAGAAAACAAUGAAGAGAUUAAGGGAAUCAUUUAUGAGUUGCUUCAAAACGUUACAGAAAUCUAUCUCCAUAGUGCUUCUCACAGAGAAGACAUUAAAAGAUGUCACAUGGCUAUUCAAAAGUUGAUGGUAACUGCAAAUAUUGAUACCGAUGGUAAAUUUAAAAACUUGACAAAGUUGGCUGUUGCAAAGCAUAGCGUGACGAUGGUUAUUAAACAACAAUCCAACAAGUCGAUGAAGCAAAGGUUCGCUGUGAAGAAUAUUGAAGAGGACUUUUUAUUGAAGUACAAGAUAUUUAUGGACGAAUUGGAAAGGAAAGGAUUCUUUGCCAAAAGAGAGUCUAAUGAGUUACCAAAGUUUGCUCAACUUUUGCAGUUGCACAGUGAAUAUUUACCUCGUUUGGUCAAUGUACUAAAGACAAUGAUUGAAUUUGGUGUACCAAGAGACAUGAGUGAGACCUUCAUUGAUUCUAUUGCUACUAUUGCAUCAAUUGUCAAGGAAUACAAUGCAAAAAAGGAUUACAACUUCUCGGUAAUUCACAACAUUCCAGAGUUGGUCUUAAAACUGAUUUGUUCGAGCAAUAUUGAAUUUACCAAGUAUGGUCUUCAAUUAGGAAUUGAGACACUCAUGUCUGGUAACAUUGAAAAUCAACAAAUGUAUAAUCGAUUGUUGAAAACUGGAAAUUAUGAAACUUUCUUCCAAGCCAUCAAGAAUAAGAUUAAGCAGUCUAUACUCGAAGAAAAGGAAGUAAGAAAGAGAGGAGUCACUGGAAUUUUAGAUACUGAACUCACCUCCUAUGCUUGGGAAGUUUUGAGAUUUUUACAACUGUUAUGUGAAGGACAUAACUUGGAAAAUCAACAAAUGCUUCAAAACCAACCAUUUAACCGUAUAAGUAUUGAUCUUGUGAGUGAAUGUAUUGAAUAUGUGAUUCAUCUUUUCAAAUAUUUGAGCUCCUCAAACGUGGAUAAGGUCAUCCAAGCAUUGAACGCUGUCAAUGAGUUUGUUCAAGGUCCAUGUGAACAGUCCAUUCAAACUCUUUCUUCCUCAUCAGGUCUCUAUACAGUAUUUAACGAUAUUUUGGAAAAUGAUUUUAUUGCUGACAAGAUGACCACUGCGUAUGAUCCUGUUGCACCAACAGCUCUAGGAGCAUCUCGUUCUCAAUCGAUUCUUCAACAACGAGCGGUUCAAUUAGAUCGAUUGAAUCACAUUACUACUCGAAAAGAAAUGAAACUUUUAGAAGCUGUCAUCAUUACUUUAACCAGUAUGUUAGAAGGAGGAAAUAAGCAUGCUCAAGCUUCCGAGUUGAAAUAUUUAAAUAUGGAACCUCUGAUGGACAGAAUGAAGGAAUGUGCUGAAGUGUGUAUUCCAAUGUCUUUUAUUCAGUCAUUCAUUCUUAAACGAAAAGAAAAGGAAGUUAAAAAACUUUCUUCGACGAUUAUUGAAUACUUUAAGCAAGAGCAGAAGAAUGUGGACGCUUUACUUGUUCAAAAAUUGACCAAAGACUAUGAAUCACUUUCUGAUGAAAAAACUGAAAAGUACGAAACUCUGACAGAUUAUAUUUCUGUGAAGAAAUCAAAGAUUAAAGAUUCCUGUGAAGAAAUUGGAACUGCCAUUUACAUGCUCUUGAAAUAUUUAGGAGUGAAAUUGAAUGAUAAUUUAGAGGACGAAGAAUCUGUACGCCGCACCAUCAUUUACAAUUUCUAUGAAUCCUUGACAGGCUCUAUUGAAAUCAUUCGUGACUCAAAAAUUGAAGUUGUACACUUUAAGAAGCCACGCAUGUGUAAUAAUCUUCUUGAGACCACAAAGGAUGAGUUUGUGAGCUCUUGCAACAGAGAAACUGCACAAACCAAAGUAGCUGAUCUCUAUGAAUGGACCUAUCGUGUGUUUAAGACAGAAAUGCAUCACUUGGAACGAUAUAGGUCCAAUGAAAAUGGUUAUGAGAGUAGGACUUGGAGAUUUUUAGAGCGUUAUUGGAAGUACAUGAAAAAUCUUUCAUUCUUGUUCUCUCUAUUGAUCAAUAUCAUUGUAUUGAUAUUUUAUCACAAACGAUAUGAUGUGUUUGCUGGAUAUGUGCCAGUUCCAGGCGUUGCCUAUAGCGACUCUGUGGCAAAUGUAGUUUCACAAGGAUUUAAAUGGAAAGCAGCUGGUAUUUUAGUCAUUGUUUUAGGUUUCAUUCAACUCGUGACAACAAUACUAUUGAUUGUGACAUAUUUGAGAUUCUUCCUAAUGCUAAAUGUGAAAAAGAAAUUCCAGCUCAAGAAGGAAGAAACAUGGGAAUCAGCGACACAACAACCUGGAUUUAAGAAGAAGCUAUUUUUGAGUAUCGUUACUGAUUUAUAUUUAUGGUGGACAAUCAUUUUCCUUGGCAUUUCUCUGAUUGGUUUAAUUGUCACUCCUCUUGUUUAUUGUUUGCAAUUAUUCGAAGUCAUUACAUUGAGCCAUGUAUUACAAGAUAUUUUCUUCUCCAUUUUUGAAAACAAGAAGAAAUUCUUCUUGUUCUCUGUUUUGACAAUAUUUGCCUUGACUGCUUAUGCAUUUACUAUAUUUGCGUUCAAGUGGGAUCAAUGGAUCAUUAGUAACACAAAUUCAUGUUCCAAUGCGAUCUUGUGUUUUGCAACAACGAUUAACUAUAGUGUUCGUUCAGAAGCAUUUUUGGAAAAUAUAAUGGAUCCCAAACCACUGGAUGUGUCACGUUUCUUUUUUGAUAUGGCUUUCUACUUUGUAGUAGUCGUUAUUUUGUUGGAAGUUUUGUUUGGUUUGAUUUUGGACUCUUUCAGUGAACGUCGUGAACGCCGAAACAAACUUGAGAAGGAAAAGAAAGAGAUUUGCUUUAUUUGUCACAAUGAGAAGAAUCGAUUUGAUUUACAUGCCAACGAAGGUCUUGAUUUUGAAAGUCACAUCAAAACUGAGCAUAACAUGUGGAAUUAUGUCUAUUUCCUAAUUUAUCUUUCAGAAAAAGAACGUGAUGAAUAUACAGGUACAGAACAGUAUGUCGAACAAAAUGCUGCCAAGUUAUCCUUCUUCCCUACACUCCGAUCUAAAACACUGGAAUUAGCAGAAAGCGGUGCCUUGUUGAAAGAAGCCACGCUCUCUGACGCAGAAGAUGAUACCUUUGAUGAGAAUGCACUCAAGGUUGAUGAAAAUGGUAUGGUGGCAGCAUCGAGCGGAAAGUAUUCUUCCACUGCAAGCACGACUGAUGAUUUUGAAGCCAUCACAAGCAAUAAGGAUUGCUUGUUGCUCUACAUUUAA